CACAGAAUUUUAGUCCUAAACAACAACAAAUCAUAGAAUAAAGUGGAUCCACUUUCCUGUCCACCUAAAAAACAAUCAUGGUCCAAGGCUUAAUUAGUCUACUACCAUCAAAAUUCAGACCAUGAGAGGAAAGGAAAAAAAAAAAAAAACAGCCGGUGGUUCACCCACCAGAACAGUUUUACACCCUCGAUCAAAUUAAGUCCGAAUCGGAAACUGAAAAGACUCACAUCCACACGGAAGAAUCUUCCUAAACUUUCUCCAAGUUAUUACUUAUGCAAUGAUCUUGUCUUCGAGCUAUAUAUGCUCUCCCUCGAUACGGACCAAAAAUAAGUGGUAUUUGCAUAGUAAUAUUCAAAACCAGGCCAUGGUCUCUUCCUUUGGAAUAGUAAACAAAGUUUGUUUGGUAGACGGUAAUUAAAUUGUUUCUUCAUAGUACUGUUAAUAAAGCCUCCCCAAUCUCUCCCCCCCACGAAAUCAAAAGGGCUGCCACCUCCGACCUCCAAAUAAGUAAUCAUCAUGUUGCCGUUUUUCAGUUAUUAUUAUGAAAAAAAAACAUUUGUGUUCUUCUCCUUGUUCGCCCUCCUCCUUUUUGUCCCGUGUCUUCCCGCCAGAAAGCUUAUUGACCCUUCAACUGAAUUAACUGCCGAUGUCCGGACCAACAGCAACGCCACGUGGCACAGCUUCACGAGAUUCCUGGACGCCGAGAAGGGCAGCCAACUCAGGGGCAUGUCGGAGCUCAAGAAGUACUUCCAACGUUUCGGCUACCUAUCAAUCCCAAACCAAAACCUCACGGAUUCUUUCGACGAAGACUUAGAAUCGGCCGUGCUCCAGUAUCAGAAAAACCUUGGAUUACCCGCGACUGGAAGGCUCGACUCUGAUACCAUGAAAGUAAUUACGUCGCCCAGGUGCGGCGUUAGCGACGAAAAAAGUCGCGCGGCCCAGAAGUUGCAUGCGAAAAUUCACUAUGCAUAUUUUGACGGUGAGCCCAGGUGGGAUAGAUCAUCUCCCAUGAUUUUGACAUAUGCUUUCUCGCCGGAUCAUACCAUAGACUAUAUAAGUUCGGCUGAUAUAAGAGCUGUUUUUGAACGCUCUUUCGCCCGGUGGUCGUCGGUGAUUCCGGUGAACUUCACAGAGGUGGACGACUAUUAUUCAGCCAACAUAAAAAUCGGGUGGUACCGGGGGGAUCACGGGGACGGACAGCCGUUUGACGGGGUGUUGGGAGUGCUAGCACACGCUUUCUCGCCGGAAAAUGGAAGGCUCCACCUGGACGGUGCUGAAGCGUGGGCCGUCGAUUUCAAAGAACAGAAGUCAAAGGUGGCGGUUGAUUUGGAAUCAGUGGCGACCCAUGAGAUCGGGCACAUACUUGGGUUGGCUCACUCGGCGGUUAAGGACGCAGUCAUGUACCCAAGUUUGAGUCCUAGGACUAAGAAAGUGGACCUAAGAGUUGAUGACGUGGAAGGGAUCCAGGCCUUAUACGGGUCAAACCCAAAUUUCAAGUACAGUUCUUUAUAUGAAUCGGAUAUUUCCUCAAGUCGGAGCAUUUACAUGGAAAGAAGAAGAUUUUCCAAGUGGACCACUGUAUUUUUGGUCAUGGUGGUUUUCAUUUUUUCGUUGUGAUUAUGAUUGCAUAGGUUUUUCCUUUUUGGCCCUUUUUGCUUUUUCUUUAUCUGAUACUUAUAGGUUUUAUUUGAUGUUGAAAUUUUUUAGAAAAAAAAUUGUUUACACUGAAAAGGAAGUAAAGAACAUUCUUUUGCAUCGUGGGAUGUCAUCUUUCAAA